ACCAACCCAACCCAGCCCAGGGCCGCCUGCCCUAGCCCCGCCGCCGCGCCGUACCUCACCGCCGACGCCCCCCUCCCCCAAACACCUCCGCCUAUCGCGCGCGUCGCCACCGUCACCGUCCCCCUCUUCCCCUCAUCGCGCGCAGUCAACCCCUCCCCCGCGCCCCAUGGCGACCUCGAAGAAGGUGGUGACGCGCGAGGAGUGGGAGGGGAAGCUGCGCGACGUCAAGAUCCGCAAGGAGGACAUGAACCGCCUCGUCAUGAACUUCCUCGUCACCGAGGGCUUCGUCGACGCCGCCGACCGCUUCCGCGUCGAGUCCGGCACCCAACCGGAGAUUGACCUGGCGACCAUCACCGACCGGAUGGAGGUGAAGAAGGCGGUUCAGUCGGGGAAUGUGCAGGAGGCUAUCGAGAAGAUCAACGAUCUCAACCCCACGAUUCUGGAUACGAAUCCUGAAAUAUACUUCCAUCUGCAGCAACAAAAGCUGAUAGAGUUGAUUCGUGUGGGGAAAAUACAUGAAGCUUUGGAGUUUGCUCAAGAAGAACUUGCACCAAGAGGCGAAGAAAAUAUAGCCUUUCUCGAGGAAAUAGAGAAAACAGUAGCACUUUUGGUUUUUGAAGAUGUAAAGAACUGCCCAUACGGGGAACUAUUGGAUGUUUCUCAACGUUUGAAGACAGCAAGUGAAGUUAACGCCGCCAUCCUUACAAGCCAAAGCCAUGAGAAAGAUCCAAAACUCCCUAGCCUGUUGAAGAUGUUGAUUUGGGCUCAAAACCAGCUGAGCGAAAAGGCAGCAUAUCCACAAAUCAAUAACCUGUCCACUGCCGACCUAGAAGAUCCAGCUAUAUGAUGAGCUGCUGCUGCUGAGGUGUUUACUAGGGACGGGAGCUUAGGCACCAGUAGGCACCAAGUACAAACUGUCUGAGCUGAGGUCUGUUAGUUGUUCAUUACCUGCGGGUGCAGUACUUGAACACACUGCUUGUUUCAUCAGCGUUGGCAAAAAGCUGACAUGGGAAUUUUUCGCUCUCUCCUGUUGUUCAUAUGAUGAUGCAGAGGAUGGUUUUGUUACAUUUUACUAGUAGGUGGUAAAUGUUUCGUUUGAUUUUCAUAGAACCGCCGUGUGUGGUGCUAAUGUUACACAAAAGAAUGAUUGGGCCAAAAUGUAGACGUUCGAUUCAUGUUC